AUGAACGUUUUAGUGUAUGAUGGCCCAGGCGCAGCAGCUAGUGCAGUGCAGCAAACAUUAUUGACGCUUCGCUUGUUUUUAGAGCCAUAUUAUGCUGUAUCUACAAUUUCACCUGUUUCUCUGGCCUCCGAGCCCUGGAUAAGUAAGACAGCAGCAAUAGUGUUUCCAGGUGGUGCAGACCUGCCAUAUAUUCAACAUUGCAAGAGGUCCAUUCCAUUAAUUAAGAAGUUUGUUGCUAAGGGAGGCACAUAUAUUGGAUUUUGUGCAGGGGCAUACUUUGGUUCAUCUCGUGUAGAGUUUGAGAUAGGUAAGCCAAUUGAAGUCCAAGGUAACAGAGAUUUGCGCUUCUUUCCAGGUAUUGCGAGAGGAUCAGCAUUUCCAGGAUUCCGCUAUAAUUCUGACAUGGGAGCCCGUACUGUUAUUCUGCAAUCACAUAUAGGUAGAGCUGGUAAGAUUCUAUCCUAUUUCAAUGGAGGACCAGUCUUUGUAGAUGCUCACCUGUAUGACAAUGUCGAAAUUCUUGCCACGUACAAUCAAGAAGUGGUAGUGAAUCAUACUGAUCUUGAUUCUCCAGAGAAAGCUCCUGUAGCUGCAGUUGUGCUAUGUGAUGUUGGCAAAGGUAAGGUGCUAUUAUCUGGCCCCCAUCUUGAGUAUGAGUCAACGCUGUUGAAACCAUCGGCCAGGAACUCGAAUCUGAAAGGCAGAAUGGCCACUCUAAAGGAAUAUCAGUCCGAUAGAAUAGAAUUUACUCGGAUGGCGCUUAUCAAGGCCGGUUUGCGCUGCAACGGGGAAACUAGCGACUUGAACAUCCCAGCUUUAACUCCAGGUUUUAUUUGCUCUUUGUAUCAAACUCAAUUGCUUGAACAACUGGUUAGUUCCUUGAAGGACAAUGAAACGGAUAAUGUGAUUGUUCACAAGGGAGAAAAUGAUGAGUUAAGGUUUUUAAGAGGUUAUGAAAACUAUGAUAAGAUCAAUAUGUUACUAAAGAACGAAGAUCCGGAUUCUGCAACUAAAUGGUUUCUCGUUGGUGACGCGAAAGAAAAACUCCCACCUGCACAUUUGACUCCAAGAUUUAAUAUUUCGAAGUACUUUGCGAACUUAGAUCGAAACUGUUCAAUGGGGUCCAUUUUGAUGUAUGGUGAAAUUGUGUCUUCUACGAGUACACUUUUGGACAACAACAAGACGUUUUUAUCUAAGCUUCCAGAUAACUCGGUCCUCUACGUGGGUACAACCCAGCUUUUUGGUAGAGGUCGUGGUAAUAAUGCUUGGAUCAGUACAAGAGGCGUUUCUUCUUCGACUGUAUGUGUUUCUGUACCAUCGCAUUCACCUUUUACAAAGAAGCCUGUAUCAAUAGUUUUUAUGCAAUACCUGUCCACGCUUGCGUACUGUGAGGCUAUCUUAUCUUAUGCUCCUGGCUAUGAAGAUAUUCCUGUCAGAGUGAAGUGGCCUAACGAUUUGUAUGCUCUGACUCCAGAAUAUUACUAUAGUAAUGGAAUUAAACUCGUUGGUAAGGGUAUGGAUGCCAAACCUGCCCCACUUUCUGAGACAGAGCAAGCUUAUGUCAAGAUUUCUGGUUUAUUGGUGAAUACGCAUUUUGCUGCAGGUAAAUAUACCCUGCUAUUAGGUUGUGGAUUGAACAUUUCUAAUGAAGCACCAACAACAUCUUUAAAGAUUUGGGUAGAAAUUAUAAACAGAGAGAGAUUUAUCUUAGGGUUGUCACCAAUUCCAGAAGUGGAAGAGGAGAAGUUAUUGGCAUUAUACAUGAAAUGUCUAGAUAAGAUGAUUGAUAGUUUCUUAAGAUUAGGUACUCAAUUUUUAUUGCCAAGAUACUAUCGCCUAUGGUUACACACCGGUCAAAUUGUAACUCUCACAGACCAUAAUAGUACAAGAGCGAAAAUUACUGGAAUUACCUCCGAUUAUGGGUUACUUCUUACGAAAGAACUGAAACCUGGAAGUGACAUGGAAUAUACAGGUAACACCUUUAGUUUGCAGCCCGAUGGAAAUUCUUUCGAUAUAUUUAGAGGUUUAAUAUCUACUAAAAAUUAA